AUGGCCGACAGCGGCGGCACCGGCGGCUCGGGCCCCUGGUGGAAAUCGUUCGCCAACAGCAGCAGAAAGAAAAGCAAGGAAGCCACGGCGGGCGCGCAGCCUGCGGCCCAGCCCGCCUCCGGGGAGCCCGCGCCGCCCAGCCCGGACUGGACUAGCAGCUCCCGGGAGAACCAGUACGCCAGUCUCCUGGGGGGCGCCGGCGACUCCCCCAAGCCAGACAAGUGCGGGGAGAAAUCGGGCAACAGCCGCCGCAAUUUGAAGAUCUCGCGCUCGGGCCGCUUUAAGGAGAAGAGGAAAGUGCGCGCCACGCUGCUCCCAGAGGGAGUCAGGUCGCCGGAGGAGGAGGGCUUCCCUGGUGACCCCCAAGAGGACGAGCAAUAGCCCAGCGCUCCAGAACUCUCUCUUCCCGCCACUGCCCCCCCAGCCUCCAGUUCUAAACCCGCAACUUCUGACCCACUCCUGUAUUUGGUGUCUGAUCCCACCAAAUUCAGAAUAUUCACACGAUGCCUCCGUGAUUUUUUUCUGGAAAUUGAAGUAUCAAUUGAGUUUUCAAUAUUUCAUGACUCAAGGAUGCGUUAAAUAUUUAUUUGUGGUA